AUGGUGGAGAAGCGGUGCCCGAGGCUGCAGCGGGAUGGUGUGUACCGCUGGUUCUCCGAGCUGCCCUCUCCGCAGCGUGUGGAGUUCCUGUGCGGCCUCCUGGACCUGUGCAUCCCGCUGGAGCUGCGCUUCCUGGGCGCCUGCCUGGAGGACCUGGCCCGCAAGGAUUAUCACUCCCUACGUGAUUCUGAAAUCAAGGCCAACAACCCCGCAGACCUGGGGAGCCUCACUAACCUGACGGACGAGGUGAUACGCAGCAAACUUCUGGUGUCUCUUGCCCUGCUCGGGUCUGCCCACCGAGAGGCGGCCGGGGUCCUCUUCCGUACCCUCACCCACAUCGAUUCGGUCAUUAACAACUAUGGGCUACAACUCAACGAGGGCCGCACAGGGGAUGAGUUCCUGUUGCUCUUUACAAUGGCAUCCAACCAUCCUGCUUUCAGCUUCCACCAGAAACAGGUCCUGAGGCAAGAGCUCACCCAGAUCCAGAAUAUCAUGGCCAGCACCAGCAAGAAUCCCAGCACCUCUACCCUUGAUGCUAUGCCAACCUAUCCUGGAUGCCAUAAG